AUAGUUCAAAAGUUGUGUUUGCAAAUUGCAACUGGUAUGUUUGUUAUAGGGUUUUCUGCAUUUUCCCCAAUCUCAUCACAAAGUAACCGGUUCAGACCGAUUGAGAAAUUCUUCCUAUAUUUUUGUGCAACUGAAAGCCCACACCACUAGUCUUAAAAGACCUGCUGGUGGCAAAAUUCAAUAGCAGGGAGAAAAUGCUGCUGGAACUUCCGCGGUUAACGAAUUCUCUCCGCGAUCCUUUUGAUGUUGAUCAAGCGUAUCUUCAUCGCAAAACCAUCCUCCAAAACCUCAAACCUCCCAGUUCUGCCAAUUCAGUUCAAGAAUCGCAACUCGCUCGGAAGAUUGUAUAUAGAUGGGAUGAUGCGUCUAAUGAAGUGCGGCAAGUGUACAAACAAUUUAUUGGAGCGGUGGUGGAGUUGAUGGGCGGCGAAGUGGUGUCAGAGGAGUUUCAGGAGGUGGCUCUGAGUGUAUAUAAGCUUUUUUGUACCCAAUUGGAGGAUGUGGAAGAUGAUCAAGUGGAUAAGAUUAUUGCUGAGAAGAAAUUAGAUUUGCAAAAGCUGUUCGGUUAUGAAGUUCCUCUUUUAAAGCUGCAAAGAGUACUCUCUUUAGUGAAGAGGCUUUUGGAGUUGCAGAAGAAGGAUGAUGGAACUGUGUAUAUACCAGAAGGGCAAGAUGAGAGUGCUGAUGAUAUGGAAUUUGGUGCAGAUCUGGUUUUUCGAGCCCCCACACGGUUUCUAGUUGAUGUUGUCUUGGAGGACAGUGAUCUGUUUAUUGAGGAGGCCACUGAAAUUCCAAAUCAUGGUGCAUGGUAUGAGCUUGGUGACUCAGCAACUUACAUUCCUUCUGCAAGUGGAGGAAACUUUGACUUAGAGUGGUUAAGGGAUGCUUGUGAUAAGAUAGUUAGUGAAAGUAUUUCGCAGCUACCUCGAGAUGAACUGGCAAUGGCAAUUUGCCGAGUACUUGAUUCAGAGAAACCAGGUGACGAGAUAGCUGGAGACUUGCUGGAUCUUGUUGGUGAUAGUGCAUUUGAAAUUGUUCAAGAUCUCAUCAUGGAAGACAUAUUAGAUUUGCAAAAGCUGUUCGGUUAUGAAGUUCCUCUUUUAAAGCUGCAAAGAGUACUCUCUUUAGUGAAGAGGCUUUUGGAGUUGCAGAAGAAGGAUGAUGGAACUGUGUAUAUACCAGAAGGGCAAGAUGAGAGUGCUGAUGAUAUGGAAUUUGGUGCAGAUCUGGUUUUUCGAGCCCCCACACGGUUUCUAGUUGAUGUUGUCUUGGAGGACAGUGAUCUGUUUAUUGAGGAGGCCACUGAAAUUCCAAAUCAUGGUGCAUGGUAUGAGCUUGGUGACUCAGCAACUUACAUUCCUUCUGCAAGUGGAGGAAACUUUGACUUAGAGUGGUUAAGGGAUGCUUGUGAUAAGAUAGUUAGUGAAAGUAUUUCGCAGCUACCUCGAGAUGAACUGGCAAUGGCAAUUUGCCGAGUACUUGAUUCAGAGAAACCAGGUGACGAGAUAGCUGGAGACUUGCUGGAUCUUGUUGGUGAUAGUGCAUUUGAAAUUGUUCAAGAUCUCAUCAUGCAUAGGAAGGAACUUCUCGAUGCUAUUCAUCAUGGGCUAUUUGUGCUGAAGUCUGACAAGAAUGCUUCUAACGCGCAGUCUCGUAUGCCUAGCUAUGGCACUCAGGUUACAGUUCAAACAGAGUCUGAACGUCAAUUUGAUAAACUUCGCCGGAAGGAAGAGAAGAAGCACAGACGUGGAACUGAUCAUGGAGUUGAAAAUGAUUUAUCUGCUAUGACUUUUAGUUCCUUAGUGCAAGCAAGUGGGAAAAAAGGGCUAUUUGAUGAUAUCAUUGGGAGAGGUGAUGCUCAUGAGCUACCAGUUACUGCACUUCCUCAAGGCACCAUUAAGAAGCAUUACAAGGGUUAUGAAGAAGUGUUCAUUCCUCCAAAGCCAACUGCACCAAUGAAACCUGGAGAAAAACUGAUUGAGAUAAAGGAGUUAGAUGACUUCGCUCAAGCUGCUUUCCAUGGCUACAAGACCUUGAAUCGUAUUCAGAGUAGAAUAUUCCAGACUACAUAUAAUACAAAUGAAAACAUACUUGUUUGUGCUCCAACAGGAGCUGGGAAAACAAAUAUAGCGAUGAUUGCCAUUUUACACGAGAUUAAACAUCAUUUCAGAGAUGGUUACUUGCAUAAAGAUGAAUUCAAGAUAGUUUAUGUUGCUCCUAUGAAGGCACUAGCUGCAGAGGUUACUUCGACAUUUAGCCAUCGAUUGUCUCCAUUGAAUAUUAUUGUGAGAGAACUUACUGGAGAUAUGCAACUUACAAAAAAUGAACUUGAAGAAACACAGAUGAUAGUGACAACACCUGAGAAGUGGGAUGUUAUUACUCGUAAAAGCAGUGAUAUGUCGCUGUCAAUGCUUGUGAAGCUCCUUAUCAUUGAUGAAGUGCAUCUAUUGAAUGAUGAUAGAGGUCCCGUAAUAGAGGCAUUAGUUGCUCGGACUCUUCGACAGGUAGAGUCCACACAGAGCAUGAUCCGCAUCGUAGGCCUUUCAGCCACUUUACCAAACUAUUUAGAGGUUGCACAAUUUCUAAGGGUCAAUACAGAGACAGGUCUGUUUUUCUUUGAUUCUAGCUAUCGACCAGUACCUCUUGCCCAGCAGUAUAUUGGGAUCAGUGAGCAUAACUUUCUGGCUCGUGUUGAAUUGCUGAAUGAGAUAUGCUAUAAUAAGGUUGUUGUUUCUUUAAAGCAAGGGCAUCAGGCAAUGGUUUUUGUCCAUUCCCGGAAAGACACAGGGAAAACAGCUGAGAAACUGGUUGAACUGGCCAGGAAAUACGAGGACUUGGAACUUUUUAGGAAUUAUUCACAUCCUCAAUUUGAGCUUAAAAAGAGGGAAGUUCUCAAGUCCAGAAAUAAGGAGGUUGUGGAUCUUUUUGAAAAUGGAAUUGGUAUUCAUCAUGCGGGGAUGUUACGGGCUGAUAGGGGACUCACCGAGCGACUUUUCUCAGAAGGACUUUUGAAGGUACUUGUAUGCACUGCAACACUGGCAUGGGGAGUAAAUCUGCCUGCUCACACAGUGGUGAUUAAGGGAACUCAAAUAUAUGAUCCAAAGGCCGGUGGAUGGCGAGAUUUGGGCAUGCUUGAUGUUAUGCAGAUUUUUGGACGUGCAGGGAGACCUCAGUUUGACAAAAGUGGGGAAGGAAUUAUAAUCACCAUGCAUGACAAGUUAGCCUAUUAUUUGCGACUUCUAACCAGUCAACUACCCAUAGAAAGUCAGUUCAUUAAGUCCUUGAAGGAUAAUUUAAAUGCUGAGGUGGCACUGGGCACUGUGACCAAUGUGAAGGAGGCUUGUGCUUGGCUUGGAUACACAUAUCUGUUCAUUAGAAUGAAAAUGAAUCCCCUUGCAUAUGGUAUUGGAUGGGAGGAGGUGAUUGCAGACCCUACAUUGAGCAUGAAGCAGAGAGCUCUUGUAGCAGAUGCAGCACGAGCUCUUGAUAAAGCAAAAAUGAUGCGUUUCGAUGAGAAAAGUGGCAACAUCUAUUGCACAGAGCUCGGUCGUAUUGCUAGCCAUUUUUACAUCCAGUACUCCAGUGUGGAAACUUACAAUGAGUUGCUAAGACAGCACAUGAAUGAAAGCGAGAUAAUUGAUAUGGUUGCCCAUUCUUCUGAAUUUGAAAACAUCGUUCUCCGUGACGAAGAACAAAAUGAGUUAGAAAUGUUGGCCCGCACUUCAUGUCCAUUAGAAAUUAAGGGAGGUCCAUCAAAUAAACAUGGAAAAGUCUCAAUUCUUAUUCAGCUGUACAUAUCUCGGGGCUCCAUCGAUUCAUUUUCACUAGUUUCUGAUGGAGCAUAUAUAAGUGCAAGCUUGGCUCGUAUCAUGCGGGCUCUAUUUGAGAUUUGUUUACGCAGAGGGUGGUCUGAGAUGUCUUCAUUAAUGUUAGAUUAUUGUAAGGCAGUGGAUCGCCAAAUUUGGCCCCAUCAACACCCUCUUAGACAAUUUGACAAGGAUAUCUCAGCAGAGGUUUUGAGGAAGCUCGAAGAGAAAGGGGCUGAUUUAGAUCGCCUACAAGAGAUGCAAGAGAAAGAUAUUGGAGCUUUGAUCCGUUAUGCACCUGGUGGAAGGUUGGUCAAGCAACACUUGGGAUAUUUUCCUUCAGUCCUGUUGUCUGCUACAGUAAGUCCAAUUACGAGAACUGUUCUCAAGGUGGAUUUGAUUAUAACACCAGAUUUUGUGUGGAAGGAUCGCUUUCAUGGCACUGCCCUAAGGUGGUGGAUUCUGGUUGAGGAUUCUGAUAAUGAUCACAUUUACCACUCCGAGCUAUUUACAUUGACAAAGCGGAUGGCUAAAGCGGAACCUUAUAAGCUAUCUUUUACCGUGCCAAUCUUUGAGCCACAUCCUCCUCAGUAUUACAUUCGUGCAGUUUCUGACUCCUGGUUGCAUGCAGAGGCAUUCUACACUAUAUCCUUUCAUAAUCUUGCCUUGCCAGAGGGUCGCACAUCCCAUACUGAACUUUUAGAUUUGAAACCCCUUCCUGUGACUGCACUUGGCAAUGAAACAUAUGAAGCUUUGUACAACUUUACACAUUUCAAUCCUAUUCAGACACAGGCUUUUCAUGUGCUUUAUCAUUCGAACAAAAAUGUUCUCUUAGGAGCUCCAACUGGAAGUGGAAAAACCAUAUCAGCUGAACUUGCUAUGCUCCAUCUCUUUAACACCCAGCCUGACAUGAAGGUCAUCUACAUAGCACCUCUGAAGGCUAUAGUUCGGGAAAGGAUGAACGAUUGGAGGAAGCAUCUUGUUACUCGACUUGGAAAACAGAUGGUUGAAAUGACAGGAGACUAUACCCCGGACAUGAUGGCUCUUUUAUCAGCAGAUAUUAUUAUAUCUACUCCUGAAAAGUGGGAUGGUAUCAGUCGCAACUGGCAUAGUCGAAAUUAUGUUAAAAAGGUUGGGCUUAUGAUAUUGGAUGAGAUUCAUUUACUUGGAGCUGAUCGUGGACCCAUUCUUGAGGUAAUUGUCUCAAGAAUGAGAUAUAUAUCAUCCCAAACAGAGCGAGAAGUUCGAUUUGUGGGCCUAUCAACUGCACUAGCAAAUGCACAUAAUUUAGCUGAUUGGUUGGGCGUCGAAGAAAAUGGUCUUUUCAAUUUCAAGCCAAGUGUCAGGCCUGUUCCUCUUGAAGUUCAUAUCCAGGGGUACCCCGGGAAGUUUUACUGCCCAAGGAUGAAUAGCAUGAAUAAACCCACAUAUGCUGCAAUAUGUACGCAUUCACCUACGAAACCAGUUCUCAUAUUUGUAUCAUCUCGUCGCCAAACAAGGCUUACGGCAUUAGACCUCAUCCAAUUCGCAGCUUCAGAUGAGCAUCCAAGGCAGUUCUUGGCUAUGCCAGAAGAAUCUCUUCAGAUGAUCCUUUCACAGGUCACAGAUCAGAACUUGAGGCACACUUUACAGUUUGGCAUUGGGUUGCAUCAUGCAGGUCUAAAUGAUAAGGACAGAUCUCUGGUGGAGGAACUUUUUGCAAAUAACAAGAUCCAGGUUUUAGUUUGUACUAGUACAUUAGCAUGGGGUGUAAAUCUUCCUGCUCAUUUGGUUGUUAUUAAGGGCACAGAAUAUUAUGAUGGAAAAGCAAAAAGAUAUGUUGAUUUUCCCAUCACGGAUAUUUUACAGAUGAUGGGUCGAGCAGGUCGACCACAAUAUGAUCAACAUGGGAAAGCUGUCAUUCUUGUUCAUGAACCAAAAAAGAGCUUCUACAAGAAGUUUCUAUAUGAACCAUUUCCAGUUGAAAGCAGUCUGAGAGAGCAGUUGCAUGAUCACAUCAAUGCUGAAAUAGUUGCUGGAACAAUUUGUCAUAAGGAGGAUGCAAUGCACUAUCUCACCUGGACUUACUUGUUCCGAAGACUGAUGGUGAACCCUGCUUAUUACGGCCUGGAUGAUGUAGAACCAGGAAAUGUUAGUUCUUAUUUAUCAAGCUUAGUGCAAAGCACGUUUGAAGAUUUGGAAGACAGUGGAUGCAUUAAGAUCAAUGAAGAUAAUGUGGAGCCAAUGAUGUUAGGAUCAAUAGCGUCCCAGUAUUAUCUCAGAUACACAACUGUGUCGAUGUUUGGUUCUAACAUAGGGCCAGACACCUCCCUUGAAGUCUUCCUCCAUAUAUUAUCUGGUGCUUCAGAGUAUGAUGAGCUUCCUGUGCGGCAUAAUGAGGAAAAUUAUAAUGAUGGAUUGUCCCGAAGAGUACGAUAUAUGGUGGACAAAAAUCGACUUGAUGAUCCUCAUGUGAAAGCAAAUCUUCUUUUUCAGGCACAUUUUUCACAAUUGGAUCUACCAAUCAGUGAUUACAUUACUGACUUAAAGUCUGUGCUUGAUCAAAGUAUACGCAUCAUCCAGGCCAUGAUAGACGUAUGUGCUAACAGUGGAUGGCUCUCGAGUGCCCUGACUUGCAUGCAUCUAUUGCAAAUGGUUAUGCAGGGUUUAUGGUAUGAUAAAGAUUCUUCUUUGUGGAUGUUGCCAUGCAUGACUGAUGAUCUGAUUAGUUCAUUGAGCCGAAGAGGCAUUGCAAAGAUUCAGCAAUUGUUGGACACUCCCUCCACAGUUCUACAGGCUAUUGCUGACAAUGCUACGGCCUCAAGACUACAUCAGGAUCUACAGCAUUUGCCUCGUAUUCGAGUGUAUUUGAAAGUUGAGAGAAGGAAUUCUGAUAGCAAUUCAUCUGAGAUUUCCAAUGGUUUUAAUCUGAACAUCAGAGUGGAAAAAACAAAUACCCAUCAUAGAACAUCAAGGGCUUUUACUCCUCGGUUUCCCAAGGUAAAAAAUGAAGCAUGGUGGCUGGUUCUUGGUGACACUUCUACCUCUGAAUUAUAUGCUUUGAAGAGGGUGUCUUUCUCAGAUCGCUUGGUGACACGCAUGGAGAUACCAUCAACUCAAGUCAACUUGCAGGAGAUGAGGCUGAUUCUGGUUUCAGAUUGUUAUUUGGGGUAUGAACAAGAGUAUCCCAUUGAAUAAAUUGCUUAAUCGUCUAAGAUGAAUCUGAUUUGACUCUUGGGAGCGGUUGAUUCUCUGCUGUAUAUGUGUACACACAAAUGUCUCCUUGAAAAGUCCGUUUAACUGUUCUGAUAAUGUUUGAAGAUCAGGGCAACUGUGUGAUGAACAUCUUUUCAUCCUAUUUUGCCUCUUUCCCGUCCUUUUUUUGUCCACCUCAUUGCUGGUUUCAGCCAAUCCUUUUUGGGCCAUUUGUUGUUAUUAUGGUACAGGGCUUCUCAUCUCAUCCUAUUUUAACCUCUGGCCCCCCAUUUUUGUCCACCUCAGUGUCAGUUUUAGUUAACCUCGUAGGAAUGUGUUAGGACUGGGGUGAAUUGCUGUUUACUAUUGUAUAAGGCUUUUUGUUGAAAAAUUGGUUCAUUAAAAGUUGUAAUUAUUUAGCAAUGCAGCACGAAAAAUUUUACCCUUCCA